CGUUUAUGUAUAUCUAUAAGUAUAUAUUCCUGCAUAUAUAAAUAGGAGAUACAUAAGACACUUCAACAGUUCAUUUACUGUUAAACAACAACAAUGAGACUUUCUCUUGUAUUUUUACUUGUGUUGGUCACUGCCUAUUGCCAGUUCAAUUCCUGUGAAGGCUUUGAUGUACAGCAAACGCUUACCAAAAUAAAAGAAGCUUUAGAAAAAGGAUUUGGAAAUAAAUUUAAAAAAUUCUUCCAUGGCAUCACAAAGUUUUUCAAAGAAAUAAAUGGGAAGUUUGAAAUCGAUGGAACCCCUCUGGUGAUUACCUUCUUCGCAGACGACUGUGAAAUGAAGAUUACCGGAAAACGAAGUCUAUUUGAAGUGAAAUGUCCAGCUGAUGUGACUGAAAUCAUCACGCAAACCAAACGCCACUGUGAAAGGUCAAGUCAGAUAAGCGCCGUCCAGUGUGCUACCAAAAUGGUACUCGAAGAAAUUCAGAAGAAUAUUGAAAUCGGCAAAAUCUCCGGCUCGUAACUUGUAUCAACACAUAUAACGUGUUAUACACACAUACACACACACACAUACAUAUAUAUGUAUGUAUGUAUGUAUAUAUGUAUAACUAUAUAUAUUCUCAGCAAAAACACCAGCUACAAAUAAAGCACUAGAAUAAUUUUGCUAGCAA